AUGGCGCCACGAGCCAAAGCAGCAGCUGCUACCAAGACCGCAGCGCCCAAGAAGGCCACCACCGCCGCCGCUGCGAAGAAGGAGACCAAGACUAUUACAAAAGCUGCUGCUGCUAAGAAGGCUGUGCCUGCUGCCACGAAUGGCGCCACCAAGAAGCGCAAGGCUGUCGAGGAGGAGUCUGAGCCAGAGCAGGAGGAGGAUCGCAAGACAAAGAAGUCCAAGACCACAGAACGCGUCGUGAAGCCCGCUGUCAAGCCCGCGCCCAAGACCACCAAAGCCGCUGCUCCCAAGGCCAAGACAACGACACGAGCAAAGACCGAAGAGGCGGAGGAGAAGCCCGCUGCCAAGAAACCCGGUCGUCCUGCUGCGUCAAAAGCCGAGCCCAAGAAGAAGUCCGACUUUCCCGCGAUCGGAAAGAAGCUCAACGACGCGCCCACCCAGAUCCUCGACGUCUACGUCUUUGGCGAGGGUUCUUCUGGUGAGCUUGGUCUCGGAAGCAAGCGCGUCAACAACAAGAAGCCAAUUGACGUCAAGCGUCCCCGACUUAACGAUAACCUCUCCGCCGCGAAUGUCGGCGUUGUCCAGAUUUCUUGCGGUGGCAUGCACGCUGUUGCGUUGACGCACGAUAACAAGAUCUUGACAUGGGGUGUUAAUGACCAAGGCGCGCUCGGAAGGGAUACAAACUGGGAUGGCGGUCUUCGCGACAUGGACAAGUCAGAGGACUCUGACUCGGAGGAUGAGGACGAUACUGGUAUUAACCCCAUGGAGAGUACACCAACAGCUGUUUCCGACGAGUUCUUCGCGCCUGGCACCAAGUUCGUCCAGGUUGUCGCGAGUGACAGCGCCAGUUUCGCUCUUACAGAAGAUGGCCGAGUCUACGGCUGGGGAACCUUCCGAUCCAGCGACGGCAUCCUCGGCUUCUCAGAGACUGUAAAGGUCCAGUCCACUCCCCUCAUGCUCCGCGACCUCAAGAACAUCAAGGCCCUCUCCGCCGGCUCCAACCACAUUCUCGCUCUCGACCACAAGGGCAACGUCGUCGCCUGGGGCUGCGGUCAACAGAACCAGCUCGGCCGCCGAAUCAUCGAGCGUAACAAGAUGUCCUCCCUUAUUCCACAGGGUGUCGGUCUGCCUCGCGGCAAGAUUGCCAAGAUCGCUUGCGGUUCCUAUCACAGCUUUGCUAUUGACAAGAGCGGUCAGGUUUACGGGUGGGGUCUUAACAACUUUGGCGAGAUUGGUGUUGAUUCGAAUGCUGGCGAGGACGAUGCUGUUAUUCUUCGACCUGCUAAGCUUACAUACCUCGAUGACUACAACAUUACUGAGAUUGAUGGCGGUGAGCACCACUCACUUGCUUGCUCUGACAAGGGCGAUCUCUUGACCUGGGGUCGUGUCGAUGGUUACCAAGUCGGCUUUGAGUUUGACAAGCUGUCCAAGGACAACACCAUCUUCGAUGACCGAGGCAACGCUCGUAUUCUCUUCAAGCCUACUAUCCAGCCUGAUGCCAAGGACAUCGUCGCUGUCGCCGCCGGCACAGACAACAACUUCGCUAUCGCCUCCGAUGGCAAGGUCUACUCAUGGGGCUUCUCCAGCAACUACCAAACCGGCCAAGGCACCAUCGACGACAUCCACACUCCCACUCUGAUUGAUAACACCGCCAUCCGCGGCAAGAAGAUCAUUGGAGCCGGCGCAGGCGGUCAAUACUCUGUGCUCGUCGGCGUCGCUGAAGAUGCUCCCACAAACGGCGUCAAGACCAACGGUGCUUAG